AUGGUGAAGCACCUCCAUUCAACUCUCAGCGAUGAAGGCAUCGAAGACGACGAGCUAAGAGACAUUGAGCUGCAGCGGCACCGCGGGCCCUUAUCCCAUGCAAGUACCGGACCUCGGAGCUCCCCAGCUCGAGGCCAUUCCUUAGACGGUGAAUGGCAACUGGAAGGAGAUGCACCAUUGCACGAGUUUUCCAGCGCCCACCCAGACGAUGGACAGCUGCCAGAAACCGCCCCGAUUCCGUCUGGGUUGGUGGAGAUCCGCGACGCGCCGAUGAAUGCUACCAGGAGGCCUGCCCGGUUGGACUUGUCCGAGACGUGCUCGACAACUCGUCGAAGCACCCCUUGCAGCAGCGACCAUUUUAUUGGUCCAUGGGACUUCGUCUCUGUACAAUCAGACGUAUCGAAUUUGUCUGCCUCUGAAGAGGCUGAGGAGCCCGCUGGCCCCGAAAACCCUAAAGCCCCCCAAAAAGCUGUCGUGUUGCCGUCAAAGAGAAAGUCCGAACAGCAACAGAAAAGGCCUUACAACACACGAGCAAAGCCCAAAAUCUCCUAUGCAGAUGGCGACAGUAGCUCCGAUGAAGAAGAUGAAUUAGAGGAAGUUGCACGUCCUGAGACUGCGGCUCGCGCUUCAGCAAAGAAGUCGACCAAGAAAAUAAGCCCUGUCAAGAAUAAUGCCACAAACCCGGCGAAGAAGCCCUCUCCGAAGACACAAGAGCCAGAGAAACGGGAUGAGAGCGAAGUUCUUCGAGUACGAGAGAACGGGAGAAGGAGACAGCGCCGUAAGACACCGCUUCCUAUUGACGAUGAGACCCAGACUGUUCCGAUCACGCUUCCCGCAACUCCUCCAGUUACCGACCAGAGACCGAGGAAGCACCAGAAAUGUCAGACACAAAAAGCUCCAGCUGCAACCAGACUUAGACCCUAUAGCAAGAACAACGAUGAAGAAAACACACCUCAGGCUGCCAGACCUAAUACUAGUACUUCCCCGCAGCUCGGCUCAGAUCAGCCACUUCACGUACCAUCCAGUAUUGGCAGUGAGAAUAUGCGUGUUUCAUGCCUCGAACACUCUCCUCUUGCGGACAUUGUUCAAGAUGAUGAAGACCAAGAUGUGAGCAGUAUGGUGGUGUCUGUCCAUUCAACAGAAGUGACGACGCCGGGCGCUCCACCAAGCCCUAAACGAAUAUCCAGCAUGCAAGGCCCUAUACCGUCUUACCAGCCGCUUCCACGCCCUACGUCUCCCCCUAGUGUCUUUGAAAAUGUGAGAGAAUCAAUCGAAUUCAUGCCAGCUACCCGGCCGGCUCUUGCUGGUGACUUAUCGCUUCUCAUGUCGAGGAAUGUAUCCAGACGUGACGAAGAUAUCGGGCAUCGAUUGCAGGAAAUCCACAAGCGAAUCGGAAUCUAUCUAGAAAGCAAGGAAAAAGAGGUCGCCUCCGUUGCCUCUGUAUACCUCAAGAACGGCACACGCUGCGUGGAUCGUCUUCAGAAUCGAUUCUCGAAGGAGCGCAACAGCUUCCUACAAAAGCUUCAAGAAGACAAAGAUGCAUUUGACAAGUCCAUUAGUGCUGCGAAGCGUAGCCUCCACAUCUACCUACGCAUCAUGUUAGGGACAGCUAAAGAAGACAGCCUUCUCGGCGAUGGGAAUGAGGCCUUGACCUUGAUCUAUCACAUGGACAUUGAGCUCGUCAAAGACUUUAGGAUCUUUGGCGGAAAUAGCAACGAAUCGACAAAAAUGGAAAGCCGACGUCUUCUCUUUUACAAUCUUCCACCGUCCUGUACCGCGUUGCAGGUUGCACGCGCAGCAGCCGCCUUUGGUCAGGUACUUCGGAUCAGCGAAGCAGCACCCGCCGUGAGAGGUGCAAAUGAUGGUAGCUUUACAAUGCUGAUCGAGUUUGCGGUAUCUGAUUCGUCCACCAUGUUUCAAAGAGCCGUCAUGUCUACCUGCCCGCAAUUUAUCUCAGAGACCGGCGAGCUAUACGGCGCCGGUGUUUGGGUUAUUCCAACUCCCUCGUUUCCCAUUUCCUACUACACCGAUUCAUCUCUGGAGAGGGGCUUUACGCGUACCAUUUCGAUAUCACCGGUCGCGGAUAUCCAUGUAUGGUUCAUCAUUUGUGCUGUCGCAGCCCCGCCUGACAUCUUGGACGCCGAGUACGACGGCACAACCCAAACACUAGAAAUGGAGUUUGCUGGAGUCGAAAUUGCGCAUCAAGCAUGGGCAUGCUUCAGGAGGGGCCUCUUUGGCUUUAUCUUUGCCGAUAGAGUAGCUCAUGUGGAACCGCGCACAGAUCGCGUCGAAUAUAGUGGCUAUAUCAAGUUCCUGCCUCCGGAUUACUUGAAACAGCGAUUCGAUUGCUAUCCAUUCAACCAGUACUGGCCAGAGACAUACUACUAUGUGAUGACGUGGCGAAACCUUCAUCCAAGGUUCAACCUCCAGAAACGUGAUAUCCCAGCGUCCGAUGCAACGGCUACCGACGAUGAAUCCAACCAGACUUUGUCAAGCUAUACGACAAGCGUGGACAAUGAGCCUCGCGGGCGAUCACUUUUGCCAAAAGUCUCCCCAUGCCCCAAGAGGCAGAGGCAAAGUGUGACAGAGCUGCUCGCCAGCGGCGAUGAUCCCCAGCUUCUGGGAAACUGGGACACUUUUUUUCAGAAUCAAUCGACGAUAAGCUUGAGAGAGUGGGAAAAAUAUGCAAAGAUUGCAAAGCACAGGAGGGAGCUCUCCGCCAGGCAAGGCUUGGCAGAUGGCAUCAUUCCCAAGUGCGAUGGGACUUGCGAGCUCGACUGCAAGGACAUCACGGAGACACCUCGUCCGCAAGAAGUGGACAUAUUCUUGGCGAAAUCACAGGAAGAGUUGCUGAUUGAUUUAUAA